UGUGGAGAUUUCUUUGUCUGUUGAUAAGUUGUUUUCACAUAAAAUUUUAAAACCUGCCAUCAUCAAUAACUUAUUAUUAAUGUUGGGGUUUUUUCAUCUUCUUCUUCUUCAUUUCUUUCAGGUGUUGGCAACACUUCGUUUUUUAGCAAAGGGGAAUUUUCAGUCUGAAACUGGCGACAUUCAUGGAAUUUCACAGAGUUCUGUUAGUAGAUGCAUCCAUAAUGUUUGCUCGACAUUGUGCAGAAGACUAGACAAUAUUAACUUCCCUGAAUCUGCCGCAGACCUAAGAAGUAUUAAAGGAGCAUUUUACAACAUAUGUGGAUUUCCGAACGUUGUGGGAGCAAUAGAUGGUACGCUGAUCUCCAUCCAGGGAAUGGCAGGUGAUGAUGAAAAAAUCUACGUGUGCCGGAAGGGUUACCACUCACUUAAUAUACAAGCUGUUGUAGAUCCUAACUUGAGAUUUCUUAAUAUCAACUGCAAAUUCCAUGGAUCUACCCACGAUGCCUUCAUACUGGCUAGCUCAGGUGUUUAGAAUAUCAUGGACAACCUACCUGAGGGAGGAUGGCUUGUCGGUGACUCUGGUUACCCUCUGAAGACAUGGUUGAUGACACCACUCACCAACCCACAAACCCAGCAAGAGAUGCGUUACAAUAAAGCACAUUGCAAGACAAGGACUGUUAUUGAGAGAUCUUUUGGUGUACUGAAGUCAAGAUUCAGGUGUAUCCAUAAAACUGGAGGGGCCUUGGCCUAUUCACCACUUAAAUGUGCAAAGAUUAUCGAGACUGCCUUCAGACUGCAUAACAUAGCUAUUGAGGACAGGAUCCCUCUUCUGCAUGGAGGAGAGGUAGAAAACCGAUGCCACAAUGACAUUUUAAGAGAAAAUGCUCAGGGAAAUGCUCAAAAUAUUAGAGCAAGACUUAUAAAUAGAUUUUAA